AUGGCUCGACUAAAGGCUUUCGAUAGCUUGCAUCGGUCAUCGCAACCAAAUAUCACACAGGCACCCGAUACAUCAUGGGAGCCGAUUGGACCAGGGAAAGCCCACCUCCUUCAAGAGCUUGAAGCGCUCUACUGGAAUGGUGUCGAAAGUGAACUGGAGAAUAUCAUCCGUACGCUGAAAGUUUGGCAACAGCCAGAGUACGCGGGUAUCAGUAUUCGCGAUGAGAAUGAUAAUAACAUUCAUGGCUUUGACACAUUCCUUGAUCAGGUGUGUCAAGAGGCGAGAGCGUUCGCUAUUCGCUAUGGGGAGACAAAGCUACAAGACAUGGCCAACCAGAAACCAGCACAGGCGAUAUUGUCGCGUAAUCUUUCUUACAAGGAGGCGCUGAAGAGGGUCAUCCUUGAUACUCGAGCGGAGUAUUUUAGUAAGAAGAUUAAAGAGGAGGUUCGAGAGCAACUGAACACUAUUCCAAGACUGUCUGGUGUCGAAUUGCGAGCGUGGAUGCUGCUCCAGAAUGCUGGUUUUCUUGACAUUGAUAAGCUUAUCGAGCAUCGGCCGCCACUGGAUAAGUUAAGUUUUUGGAAACGACCAGCAAUUCCACAGCUCAAGCUCUCUAACUUCGAUGAUCAAUGGAUCCCUCAGUUCGCCCCAAUGGAAUGUGCUGAAUGCAGAGCCAUCAUCCGUGGAAGCAUGUUCAUCAAACAGGAACAAUCCGACGCACCACAAAAAGCCUCUCACACCAUAUGCGAGGACUGUUAUCGGUCUUACUAUUAUGGCGACGAGUCAAUAUUCAAGAGAUACAAACAUUGUGUACUAGCUGAUUCUAUUCACUCUAGCAUGAGCAGGAAGAUGUGCGAAUGCAAGGAUGUGCCUCACUAUGAUUCACAGGGAUGUCCACGGUGCCUGUUCCCCCUGAAUGAUGAAGAUAGACAUGUUUCCUACAUAUCGAGUCAUCGGUGCACGAUACUGAAGCUCUCUGAGUUGGUUACAUAUGCAAAGUACCAGGGGCUUCUACGUACCGCCAAAGCGAAACGGAAGAGGGACCGGCGAUUGUCUGAUGCCUCGUGGAUCUCAAGAUUAGUUGGCCGAUCUCGGGGCAGGCCGAACACCCAACGUACAGCAGCACAGCGUGGACAACCUUAUAAUCUAACGCCGCAAACAUAUGGAACAAAAAAGCAACCAGCCCUUCGUGUCGUGACGGAAAAUACUCGUCAGGGAGAUCACCGAGAUCCUGUGACGAGUACCACGAAUGCAGCGACGGAGUCGAAGGCAGAUGAAGAUAUCCCGCUUUUCUUUCGUCAGUUCACUGAGAAGUACCCUUUUGGAAACGUGCAUAUGGCUUUGCGUGUAGGUCCAUUGGUUAUCGAGAACGGUGUUUCCCACCUAGCAGUUGGAGGAGACUCGGAGAGGCUUUUAUGGCAACAACAACGUCAGAUAGGCCAGCCAAAGAGAUACAAAGCUUUAAUGAAACAGAUUGUCGGGGCUCCCUUUACUGGAGUCCUUUCACAGAAACCGGAGAGCGACCAAGAGAAAGAGAUAAUAGAGCUCCUCGUGGCAGCCAGCAAGCAGCCGUUCGAUAAUCCUGGCUUGCCCAUAAUGGAACAGCAAAAGAUCCUCGACGCCGCAUUAGGCUCUAUUAUGGCAAAGCUAAGGAAUCUGCUCAGCUCAAGAGUGAUGGUAUACCUCACCAGCAUUGCCCGGCGUCUUCUUGACCCCGAAAACAUACUCACAUGGAGUGCGACAAGCAACAAUUGCCAGAAUUUCUGCAAUUCUUUGAUCGACACAGAUCUAUUUGAGCCACUAACUAAUGGCCCACAUAUGCAAUCUAUCGAGACACCCUCUCCGCUCUAUCUGAUGAGCUUUGUCUGCCCACCAGAGGGCUACCUGAACAACAAGAUCGUUAGUAAAUUCGAUGUCCCAAUUGGAUUAACCGAGGAGUACCUUCUUCGUUUCCACUACGGCCGCCAUGACGAGGCAGACUUGAUUGACACCCUCCAGGAAUACUGGUACGACUGGGGAGCUUUUGAUUCUACAUUAUACAACUACCAGGACCUCUUCCCAUGGGAUUGCACUGAAGCAUACAGGAGAUAUCCGACUAAGUGUGGAGAUUGCAACCUAUCGAAACACGUCUGGGCAUUUCCCUUUGAUUCAUGGUCUAUUAUCGGGCUUCACCUCUACCGCGAUAAACACAUGUAUCAGCCUAAACAAAAUGCAGAUGCCAAAACUACCAACCCCUGGUUACGAGACCGUCUCACCAUUCUCACAGCGUCGUCUAUCCUCGCCCAUGCUGCAACAGCAAUGGCUAAAUCCCCGACGUUCUGCAAAGCGACAGCCUGGCUCCACUCUAAAGAAAAGGGACUACGCCGCAUCGACCCUUCUCUCGCCCGGGUCAAAUUAGGAGGUAUCCACCGCGCCCAACCAUUCAGUCACUACUUCGAGGCAGGGACCUACAGUCACUAUUUCCUAGCAGAAUGGGCGUUGAAAAAGCGUGCGUAUAAGAUAAUUGACUAUGAGACUCUCCGAGAUGGCCGUGCAAAGCGACAGGAUAUCCGUAUAGGCAAGGGAAGAUUCACAGACACCGGCAGCAAGCCAUUGGACUUCAAUCAAUCAUUCGAUUGGUUCCGAGGACUUGAUCAUAGUGCUCCCGAUUAUGACUACUGUGAUAACCAGGGACAGAUAGAAACUGACGCCCAAUUUGAGGCCCAGGCUAAUGCUAGCAUUGCAGCUGCUCUUAUCGCUGAUUCACAGCUGGGCUGUAUACAGAAUGCUGAACAUGUGGAGGCGCAGGCGGCUGCUGCUGCUGUGAAUUGUGGAUCGGGAUGUGGGACUUCGACGGCGCCAUCGCAUGUUUGUGGAUCUUCUUCCUCUUCUGGAGGAGGAGGUGGUGGAUCUAGUAGUUGUGGUGGUGGAAGUAGCAGCUGUGGUGGAGGUAGUAGCUGUGGAGGGGGAGGAGGAGGAGGUGGUGGCGGCUGUGAUUGA